AUGUCCACACCUGCCACAAUUGAAAAUGCUAAAGUUUAUGUUACUACACAAACCUUUACAACAUUGCCAAUUGAAGGGACACUUCCUUCCACACAUCCCACAGUUGUUGUUGUCAAAAGUCACAUUCACACAACGUUCUUACAACACAAAUUUCUUGGUGGAAAUUCCCCUUCAUGGCACACCCUUGGUCUCCAACGACACCCUGGACCUCUUCCUCUCACAUUAUUUUUCACCCAUGGUGACAUUGUUGUUGAUGGGACACUAGUAGCAGCUUUUUGGUGCAAAGUCUUUGGUGUUUAUAUAAAUGCUACUGCCACAUAG